ACGCUCCGUCACCAAAAGCAAGGCCAGGUCUGAUGCUUUGUCUCUUCUGUGCUGGCUGCUGGAGAUGAGCCUAGGCUUGACCUGACCAUGAUUCCAAGGACUGGCACUUCCUUUUUACCCCCAGUUUGUAGAGAUCCAGACCUUCUCUUCCUGAUUGUCAAGAAAAUUAAAUUACUGCUGAAUCUGGGAAUCUAGGCAGCACCAGCUUACUUUCCCCCUGCAUCUCUCUGGAAUCGUUUCUGGGAUAUUUUCCAAAUCAUCACAGAAAGCAGGAGGAAUGAACCGGCAGCUAGUGAAAAUUUUGACAACCUUGUUUGCAUUUUUCUUAGAGACAAACCACUUCAGGGCGACUUUCUGUAAAGAACAUGAUUCAAGAUCUGGAAAAUCCCCCUCACAGACCCUGUCUCCUUCAGAUUUUUUGGACAAAUUAAUGGGAAGGACAUCGGGGUAUGAUGCUAGAAUCAGACCAAAUUUUAAAGGUCCUCCUGUAAAUGUUACCUGCAACAUAUUUAUCAACAGCUUUGGUUCAAUAGCAGAAACUACAAUGGACUACAGAGUGAACAUUUUUUUGCGACAGCAGUGGAACGACUCGCGGCUGGCUUACAGUGAAUAUCCUGACGACUCCUUGGACUUGGACCCCUCCAUGCUGGACUCGAUUUGGAAGCCAGAUUUAUUCUUUGCCAAUGAGAAGGGAGCAAAUUUCCACGAUGUCACCACAGACAACAAGUUGCUGAGGAUUUCCAAAACUGGGAAAGUGUUGUACAGCAUCAGGCUUACUUUAACCUUAUCCUGUCCCAUGGACUUGAAGAAUUUCCCUAUGGAUGUACAGACAUGUACAAUGCAGCUAGAGAGCUUUGGCUACACUAUGAAUGAUUUGAUAUUUGAGUGGCUAAGUGAUGGACCUGUGCAAGUUGCAGAGGGUUUGACCUUGCCACAGUUUAUUCUGAAGGAAGAUAAAGAACUUGGUUACUGCACCAAGCAUUACAACACUGGGAAGUUUACAUGCAUUGAAGUCAAGUUUCAUUUGGAGCGUCAGAUGGGAUACUAUUUAAUCCAGAUGUACAUUCCUAGCCUGCUGAUUGUCAUUUUGUCCUGGGUUUCUUUCUGGAUCAACAUGGAUGCUGCUCCAGCUAGAGUCGCUCUGGGCAUCACCACAGUUCUGACAAUGACCACGCAAAGCUCGGGAUCCAGAGCUUCCCUCCCAAAAGUCUCCUAUGUGAAAGCUAUUGACAUCUGGAUGGCUGUGUGCCUUCUCUUUGUCUUUGCUGCGCUGCUGGAAUACGCAGCAGUCAACUUUGUGUCGCGGCAGCACAAGGAGUUCCUGAGGCUGCGGAGGAGGCAGCGGAGACAGAACAAGGAGGACGAAGUUGCUCGCGACAGCCGAUUCAACUUCAGCGGCUACGGCAUGGGGCACUGCCUGCAGGUGAAGGACGGCACCGCGGUCAAGGCUGCCGCCCCCAACCCGCCCCCAGCGGCACCCAAGGACGCGGAGUCCAUCAAGAAGAAGUUUGUUGACCGUGCCAAAAGGAUCGACACCAUCUCCCGCGCCGCCUUCCCCCUCGCCUUCCUCAUCUUCAACAUCUUCUACUGGAUCACCUACAAGAUCAUUCGCCACGAGGACAUCCACAAGAAGUAGGCAGCUGGGGGCCACCAGGACUGCUGAGCCGGAGGGAGCCACCUGUACAUACCCAGGGGGGUGUCUGUCUGUCCCUUGGACCCAGGCUUUCUUUCCCCCCACACCCAGGGUGCUGAGGAGAAGUGCAGAGGGUAAAGCAAUUGCAUGGGAAACGUGAGGCCAGCCAACGAGGGUCCCCUCUGUGUGCUCUCAGUUCUGUUCUUCCAGGCUCAGCAUCAAUCAGGCAUCUCCAGAUGCGGCCAAAUUGCACCCAGCUUUGUCACCAGGCUCUCACCUCCUAAAGCAGAAGGGAGGCAGAACCCAAACAGCCCUCCUGAGACGUCCACCAGAGACUGGGGUGGCUACAGUGGGGUGAGCUGCAAGAGGACCAAACCUUUCAGGAUACUGUUGCCUUUCUGUCAUCCCAAACAAGUCUACUGAGCUGCAUUCCAUGACCAUCUCUGUAGUUAGUGGUUUCACCAGGGCGUCCUUUUGUGGGUUGUAAAUUAUUUCUACUGACAGGGAAGAGGGAAAGGCAAAAGGAAAACAAAAGCUCUUUCUCCUUUGCUGUCCUGCUGUGCUCUGAGUAUUGCCCUGCUGCCCCGGCCCUGCGCCCCGGGGCGGGGCUCCUGUGCUCUGUGAUUUCUUUGCUAGCUCUCACCCCGCCGGCAGCGAGGCUGCUGCUCUCCUUUCCUUGGCAGGCAGGGCACUCACUGCCUUUGCUCUCUGCCGAUUCUCCACGCAGCUCCAGGUGCCAAACUGUACUUUCCCUGUCGUGCUGCCCUGCACCACUCCGCUUGGCAAGGACCUGCUCUCCUCCUGCCGUAGCUCCGUCCUGCCUCGAGUUUUCGUUCCGCUGCCAGGGUAGCUGCAGUCCAUAGCUCCGCAGGCAAACACCACUCCCGGGCAGACCUUGGUUUCUGCCUUGACUCCAAGUGGCUGUCGUCUGAAAUGUCAUUCCUUAACCUGAGAGUUUUAAACUGUACCGUGAUGUGCCGGAUCUGCGUGGUUCGGUCCUCGCUCUGUGUUUUAAAGUAGAACAUGACAAAAAAGAAGUACAAAAAGCAGCCAGAGAUGGUAUUUUUGCUUACACAGAAGACAACCUGUACCAUAAGAGGGAUCCAACGCUGGCAUUUUAACAUAGCUGUAAAAGGGUUUAUUAAGAAACAAAAGGUAUUUGUUCAAUUUCAAUAAAGCUAAAUGUGGUACUACCAGGUCCUCACUCUUCCCUUCAUUGGCAGCAGCCAGACUGCUCCUGCCGGGGCCCAGCCCUGCCCCAGCACAAAGGAGCUGAGAAGCAGCCUCCUGCUGCCCAGGCUUGGGCACAUCCUGCUGGCUGUCCUGCAGCAGUGGGGCUGUUGCUGGGAAGGUGUUUAGGGCAUGACAGCA